UUUUCUUCUGCUCUGGUUCUAUAUAUAUAUACCAUGAACUAUUCCAAAACAUUAACAUAAUAUCCAAAUCAGUAAACCAAUCUCCAUACAACAACAUAAAAAUGCAGGGAGCUUUGUGCAUCAAACCAACCAUUCUUCCCCUUUCUUCACCACUUUUUUCUCCAAAGCUCACUAUUCUUCUUCCUCAGACCAUCACCAACACUAAAGCUUCAAGACUCUCAUCUCUCAGACCAAACGGAUCAUCUCCUACAACCUCUGAUCCUCUCACCGUUGACUAUGACUCCCUCCUUUCUGUUUUCCCAGCCGAAGCAUGUGAAGUGAUCAGCGGAUAUGCAUGUUCAGCUGACAUCUACCCUGAAGUCAAGCUUGAAACAAAGCCCAUCUCCCGUCCCGUGACUUCAGAGAACGUAGACCGAGAAUACAUAGAGUAUAACACCCCCAAAACUGUUUUCGUCUCCGAGGCCUGCGAUGAUCUUGGAGGAGAAUUCUGUGAACCUGACUAUCAAAAAGAUGUCUAUUAGAAUUUAGAAGAAGCAAGAUUUGAUGUGAUGUUGAUAUGUGUGUGUAUCUCUAUAACCACUCAUUUCUAUAUAAGCUAGCUUCACCUAAUCAAGACUGAAAUCGUGAAUCAAACCCAAGUUUCCAAAUUUAUCAACACAAUAAUAUGGAAAAUCUCAAACUAGUUUAAGUAACUUAGAGUAAUCUUGCACAAUCGAGAUAUCUCAGACUAGUAAAUUACGUCUGCUACACCGUUUUUCUCUUUAACAUUUCGACACUUCUGUAAAUUAUGGAUGAGAUGUAAACUCUGACUUUUCAUUUUACCACCAAACACUAAAUGAUGUUUUCACCUA